UAGGGAUAGAUGGGCAAUGUUUUAAUGAUGCUUAAAUUAGAAAAUUGUUAACAUAUUCUUGUCUUAUUUUCACAGGAUUAUUUAAAACAAAGUUGCAGCCAUUUUCAGCUAUAAUCAAUGAUCAGAAUUCUUCUGUAAAAAGAAAUUUCCAAGUUAAAGAUGAAAGGAAAAUACUGGAAUUAUCUGGAUUCUAACUGACGGGACAGAGAGCACGGAGUUUUGUAGCUGCUCGUGAUGGCCCCUGAGUGAAACCCGUCGCUUUGGUAUGCACCCGCCGGGGAACAUGGAUGUUGGCUUUUCUCGCUCUGCUGUUCAGACACUGUCAAGAAGCCACUGCAAAAACAUCAAACAAAAAAUUUCCCAGUGGGAAGGAAGGACUAAUGGCAUAUCUAAUCGAGAUAAGUGGCACCAAAAGGACUUUGCAGUGAGAUACAACUGUCAUCAGGAGAGGCUUCUUAAGAAAAGCCCUGUGACCGAGGGAGGGGGCCCGAAGUUCCCCGUGACCGGCUCCCACGGCGUCAGCCCGGGGGGCCGUGAAGAUGCCAGAGGCCGUGCCCAGAGCGAGGGUGGUGGCGAGAAACACAGAGGCGAGGACUCACGCGUGUCCAAAGUUGAGUCGGAGUCCAACUGGGUGUGUUCCCGCGUCAGGCAAAUCGAAAGCUGGAAAGGCGUUUUGGAUCCAGAGACUUCGUUACCUCCAGGGAAUUUCUAUACCUCGCAGAUACUGUGGAAGAAAAUCGAGGCGCUUCCCCCGGAUAAAGUCUUCGGUUUGGCUCUAGAACGCUGUGUCUCUCCAGAGAAAGAACUGGAUUUCAGAGUUCUGGAGAGGUCCUAUGGAGUGACCAAGAGCUUAGAAAACAUUUACUCUGAGCCCGAGGGGCAGGAGUGCGCACCUUCUAUAAACCCCUUGCCAAAGCCCCGCAGGACGUUCAGAUACUUAUCUGAAUCGGGUGUGGCGCCGUGUAAAGAAAGAAACUGUGACAGAAAAUACUGUGAAAAUAAUUCUCGUACAGAGUCUUCUUUGGCCUCUUCUCGGGAACCCGAACCAAAGAAAUACGGUGGGAAAAUCAGAGGAAGAUCUAAAAGGAAAUCCUUUGAAUUUGAAGAUAUUCAGCACUUUCGAAAUCGGAACACCCAGAAGAUGCACGAAGAACUCGGAAGGAAUUCUGGCUCCACGCUUUAUUACACACAGUCUGAGGACAACAUCUAUGAAGACGUCCUGUAUCCCACCAAAGAAAAUCCGUACGAAGACAUCCCAGUGCAGUCCUUUCCCUUGUGGAGACCCCCUUCGGCGUGGAGGCUCCCGCCCCCGAAGAGCGCCUUCCGAGCGCCCAAGAUUCCUCCCAAACCUCAGUUUCCUCACCGGAAGACUAUGGAUCUAAAGAGCUCUCAAGCUUAUCUAAGGUCAAAGCUCAUGAAGGACACCACUUUGCCCGUGACUUUGACUGAAUGGAAGCUUUUCCGAGCUGGAGAAGUUGCAAACAGGAAAAGAAAAAAUCUUCCAAGGCUUGUGUUGAGAAUAGAUGACAUAUUUGAAUCAAAGAGAGGGAAGAAGAGAGUCAAGUUACACCCUUACACUGGAAAAGACGUACCUCCUUCCAAAGGUGAAACCAGCGGGAACGAAAGUGAUGCCGAGUAUCUGCCAAAGAAUCGCCACAAGCGCUUAGCACAGCUGCAGCAGUUGUCCAGGCGGAACCCCCACUACCAGACCUUGGAGCGCGAUCUCAUUGAGUUCCAGGAGCAGCAGCUGUUUGAGCUUUUCGUGGUGGUGUCUCUACAGAAGAAGCCGUCAGAUAUAAGCUACGUUCCCCAGGUCAUACAGCAGUUCCCGAGCAAGAGUGAUCAUGGCUUUAAGCAAUCCAAGGACACUGAGGAGAGGCUCAAAGUUAUCCCCAAAUUUUGUUUCCCUGAUUCAAAGGACUGGGCUCCAACCUCAGAACUGAAGAGUGAAACAUUCUCCUUUGUCUUAACUGGUGAAGAUGGGAGCCGGUGGUUUGGUUACUGUAAGAAGCUUCUGCCAGAAGGCAAAGGAAAGCGGCUCCCUGAGGUUUACUGCAUGGUCAGUCGCCUGGGCUGCUUCAACCUCUUUUCAAAGAUUUUGGAUGAAGUAGAGAAGAGGAGAGAGAUGUCUCCAGCCCUGGUUCACCCCUUCAUGCGAAGCGUCAUGGAAGCUCCCUUCCCCGCGCCUGGCCGCACCAUCACAGUCAAGAGCUACCUCCCUGGCGCCGGAGACGAGUCCAUCGAGCUCUGCCGACCGCUGGACUCCCGACUGGAGCACGUGGACUUCGAGUGCCUGUUCAGGUGCCUGAGUGUGUGCCACCUCGUCCGGGUCUGCGCCUCCCUCCUCCUGGAGCGAAGGGUGAUCUUCGUUGCCAACAGCCUCAGCACCCUGUCAAAAUGCGGCCACGCUGUGGUUGCCACGCUGUACCCCUUCACCUGGCAGCACACCUACAUCCCGGUCCUGCCAGCGUCGAUGAUCGACAUCGUGUGCUCCCCUACGCCGUUCCUCAUCGGCAUCCUGGCAUGCUCCCUGCCCCAGCUCCGGGACCUGCCCAUCGAGGAGGUGCUGAUAGUCGAUCUCUGCGGAGACAAGUUCCUACAGGAGGUGUCUGACGAGGAUGAAAUUUUGCCACCUAAACUCCAAGCUGCCUUAACACAGAUUUUGGAAGAACGAAAUGAAAUUUUGGCUCAGGAGCAGAAUCUGUCACAAGCAGAUGUGACACUCAACUCUCUGGUGUCCGAAGCAUUUGUCAGGUUUUUCGUGGAGCUGGUGGGACAUUAUUCUCUGAACAUGACUGUCACCGAGCGUGGGGAGCGCGUCUUCCUAAGGGAGCCGUUCCGUAAGUCCCACACCUCCCGAAGCGUUCGCCACUUCCUGGACCUCUUCAUGGAAACACAGAUGUUUGCAGGGUUCAUCCAGGACCGAGAGCUUCGGAAAAGUGGGGUGAAAGGUCUGUUUGAGGUCCGGGCUCUGCAGUAUUUGGACACAAUUCCCGAGUCCGAGCCCAGUGGGGUGAACAGAAUUUUGCGGAGUCUUGGAAGCAAAAUGAAAUUUCUGCAGAAGAAAUGAAAUCUUCAAUUGACUGUCUCAUCCUAAAUAGACAGAAAGUGCCAAAGAAAAUAUUUUUCCGAGAGUCAGGAUGCCCUGAAGUUUUCAGCAAGAUCCUUGAAAGUCGCAGAGGUCACAGAGCGGGCCAGGGUCCGGGAGGAGGACUCUCCUGUUGCUGCUGUGGUCACCACCGGAGAGCUGCGGGGAGUCACCGGGGCCACGGCUCCCUCUACCAUGCCUCCAGUUUUUUCCUAAGUGGCCUUAUUUGAUUGCUGGGCUUACUCUGUGUGUGUUGUGGUCAGGCUACAAAGGCACUUGUCUUUCAGAAGGGAAAGACUUGGUGUUGCCUGUUUAAAAAACAGCUCAAAGAGGAGCACCAAGAGAAACGCAGAGUCGAAGGUUCUGGGCAGCAUGACAGAAGUAGUGGACGCCAGCCCUGCACACAGAAUUCUCAUCUCUGAAACACCAUGGCAGCUUUAAAGCUCUGGGCUGUGUAAACCCAGCUAAGGAAUAUUAUUUAUUCUUUCAGACUCUCCCUUUUUUCGUCUUCUGUUUCAUCUCGGGGAAGCCCUGUGCAUCAGUGCUGUCAAUGAGCUGCUUAUAGAAGCAGACAUCUCGCAGCUCCUCUCCCACAGUGGGUGGCACUUGAGUGGCUCGUCCCUCGAGUGUCAGCUUAAACCUUUUGGAAUUAUAGCUAAUAGGAAAUGUCCUUUGGAGAGCAUGAGAACUACCUUUUAUUUUUUUAGUGUCCACCACGUGCCGUGCACUGUGGUACAUGUAUGCAGGUCAUCCUGUUCAGUCUUUAAACCAGCUGUCUGAGAUAUUUGCAUCUCCAUUUUACUAAUGAAGAAACUGGAAUUCAAAGAAGUUACAUAACUUGUCCAAAGUUAUACAGCAGAGCCCAGACUGUCGGUCUGUGAGCACAGGGAAAGCUGGUUCGUCCUGCAGAAAGAAAUGUGAGCUCCAUGGGAAUGUAGCUAUUGAACAAGCUUUCUUUUAAGCUGAAGUGUGGCGGAGCCUGCUCAGCUCAGAGGACACGGGACUUCAGACUGUCGGUGUCUAGAUGAGACUCUUUCGGUUCCCCUAGAAUUGUUUGACUUUUUGCUCUAAUUAAACUGGAGUCAGAAUAUGAACAUUUCCUGGGACCACACCAUGUAAUCACCCCAACCUUUGCCGUCUAAAGUAGCAGUAGCGAUUGGAAAAGGAGGCUGUCAGCGAUGGUGCCGUUUUCUUUGAUGUUAUAGCAAAUGUCAGUUUCCUGCCGAUGGUUUUAACUGGCAUAAAAAUAUUUAUUCAAACUUAACCUUACAAUUUAUACGAGGAUACAGUUCAUUGACUUGUACAGUAUUGUCAUCACGCCCGCUCAGGGGCGCGUGGCGGGAUGGGAAGCAGACGCCCCUGAGCAGCGGUGCUGUGUGGUGCCUGUAGAUGCGGGUCCAGGGGACAGAGCUGAGCCUGUGUCUGUUUUUAAAUGUUAACUAAGCAGCUUACCCCAGUGGGGCCUUUACCAGGUAUCUCCCAGUUUGUCUCUUCCGACACUUCGGCCCAAGGGAAAAAUUAGUGACUGGGAAUCGAGUGUUCAUAAAACGGGGGUAGGAGGUAUUACUGUGGCGGACCCUGGCCGUCCCUCUUGAGGAGACCUUUGCUUCAGGGAUGGGGGUGGUGUUUUAUCCCUGGGAUCUGAAGCUGCUUCCUUUUCCUAGGUCUGUUUUGUUUUAUAAAGUUUUAUGAAUUCUGGACAUGUUCGUAAAAGAAUUCCUUAAGAUUUGUAUAAAAUGUUGUUUACAGUUCUUCUGAUGAAUAAAUACAAAAAUUCCAUGGGUCUCUUGGAGCAUUUUAAAUAAAAUUGCUUAUGAUAUAAA